AUGGUUUUUGUAAAUCCCCAGCAGACACUCCAGCGCAUGCAGCAGCUCGCUGCGCACGCUGCAGCACAAACAGCCCCCUGGCAGCUCCACCAGCUGCGACGACGCAGGCAGCGCACGCGCCGCCUGCUGCAGCUGCUGCUGCUGCUGCUGCUGCGGCUGCUGCUGCUGCGGCUGCUGCUGCGAGAAUUGGAUUAA